CAGGCAGCGCCGCGCACCAUGUCCCGCUCCCGCAGCGGCUCCCUGGCCGGCUCGCCCCGCCCGUGGCCCGGCUCCUCGGCCGGCAGCAUGUACGGGGGCGCGGGCGGCUCGGAGCCGCGGGCCUCGGGGUCCCGCCUGCAGGCGCUGCUGCCCGGCCUGCGCGCCCACCUGGACUCGCUGGGGGCCGGCAGCCAGCAGGAGGCGCUGCAGGGGCUGAACGAGCGCCUGGCCGGCUACCUGCGGCGGGUGCGGGGGCUGGAGGCGGCCAACCGGGCGCUGGAGGAGGAGAUCGCCCAGGUGCGGGCCCGCCGCGGGGGCGCCGGCCAGCGGGACUGGGAGGCCUGCGAGCGGCCCCUGGGGGAGCUGCGCAAGCAGGUGGAGGAUCUCAACAUGGACAAUGCCAAGCUGCUGCUGCAAAUGGAUAAUGCCAGGCUGGCGGCCGAUGACUUCAAGGUCAAGCUGGAGGCUGAGCAGGCGGUGUGCGACAGCGUGCAGAAGGACACCCAGGGGCUGCGCAAGAUCAUGGAGGACACCAACUUCCUGCGCAUGAAGCUGGAGGCGGAGCUGCAGGGGCUCAAGGAGGAGCUCGCCCACCUGCGCAAGAGCCACAAGGAGGAAGCGGAGGCCCUCGCGGCACUGAUUGCUAACUCCGACGUGACCGUGGAGGUGGAUAACCCGAAGAAGCAGGAGCUGAGCGAGAGCAUCGCCCAGAUCCGGAAGCAGUACGAGAAAGUGGCCGAGCAGAACCGGCAUGAUGCCGAGAGCUGGGACAAGGACAAGUUUGACACGCUGUCCCAGGAAGCUAACGUGAACACCCAAGCGCUGGAGGAAGCCAAGAGCGAGCUGAGUGAGCUGCGCCGGCAGCUUCAGGGCCUGGAGAUUGAACGCCAGACCCUCCAGAAAACGGUGGAGACCCUGGAGAACACUUUGGAGAACACACAAGCCCGCUACAACGACCAGCUGGAGAACUUCAAUCACGUCGUUGCCAAGCUGCAGGAGGAGCUGGCCACCUGCCGGGCGGACCUGGAGCGGCAGGCCCGGGACUACGAAGCCCUGCUGGAUCUGAAGAGCAAGCUGGAGAAUGAGAUCAGUCAGUACAGCCAGCUGAUUGAGGGAGUGACAGACAGCUACUGUUCCUCUUCUACCAAUGCGGCCGUGUCCUUCAGCUUGGUCUUCUGUCCUGUUCGAAAGCAGAGUUCCAGGCCUGGCAUGUUCGGAGGCAAACCACGACACAUCCAGCUCCCGAAAACGUGGCUCCCGGAGGCAGACCAUUAAGGUGGCAGUGGUCACAGCCCAGGAGAUUGUGGAGGGGAAAGUGAUUGCACAGUGAUCAGAGGAAGUAAUUCAAUCAAGAGGCAAAUCUCGAUUUACCGCUGCUGCAUUUAAAACUCAUUUUAGUCUGCUUUAACAAGCCAGGGUGUAGGUUGCAUUGUCCUCUGUAGAGGUCUGUACUCUGCUGUGAUAGGAAUACUGCUGAAUAAAGAUCUUCCAAGCACUUUGAAA